CAAUGUCCUUCUAUCCUGGCUAUCCAUAUGCAGCACCCCUCACAACCUCAGUUGCAGCUCCAUUGACAUAUGCUCCAUAAGUAUCAUAUGCUCCACCAGUGUCAUAUGCUCCUUAAUUGUCUUAUGCUGCACCAGUUUAAUAUGCCAGACCUGUCACAUAAUCUGUUGUUUAACCAGUUGCUGUUCAACCAGUUUUACAAUAAUCUGUGAUUGCAUAACCAGUUGUUGCUUAACCUGUCUAACCAACAAUCAAAGGAGAAUCAAGAGUUGAAUACAGAGAAUACUAAAGACAAGUUGUUGAAAUGGAAACUGAGACUGUUUAAGUUUAAGUGCCAAAAACGAAAUAUGUCACAGAUUACUAUCCUGUUGAAUAUUAAACCGAAUAUAUCCCCAGAACAGUCUAUGAAUAAUAAACUGAAUAUGUCCCAGUAACUAAAACAGUCCCAAGAGUUGAAUAUGAGGCUGUCGAAAGAGAAGUUUAAAGAGUAUAUAAUUUGUAUAUUUUUAUAGGCUUAAUAAGUCGUUGUACAACAACCAGUAGUAUAAUAAGUUGUUCAAUAACCAGUUGUUUAAUAAGUUGUACCAUAACAAGUUGUUUAAUCUUAUGUUUAAUAACCAGUUGUCUAACAACCAUUGUCAUAUUCAUUGGUAAGACCAGCACCUACUUACACUGCACCAGUAGCUUAUUCAAGUGUAGCCCCAGUUGCUGCUUAUCCAGGUUAUUAUGGAGGAUACAGACCUUUCUGAG